CUUGUCAUAAGUCUCGUUUGUGUUAAAUUUCGAAUUCAAUUUGACAGUUAAAUUCAUAAAAAAUUAUUCAACAAAGUGCACAAUCACGUUUAAAUGUGUUUUUUAUAUUACCGCCAAUUAUUUUUUUAAAUUAUAUGUAUAGUCUUUCCCACUGACGUUUACAUACACAAAACCGGUUUGAAUUCGCAAAAAGUUAACAAAUCCUUUUCCUUCAGUGUUCGUUUGUGUUUUGUACAAUGAGCAUCUUCUCUCCGAAGCGAUCCGAUAAUGUGGAUCUGAUCACUAGCGAAGUCUCUCAGGAUAAUUCUGAUGCAGCAGUCGAUGCUGAUGCACAAAAUAAUAAAAAGAACUCCAAAGAUGGGAAGGAUCCUUUCUUUGGCAAGUUGCCCAAGGAAUAUGUCCUCUCUGUGGAUCCACGAUCAGGAGACAUCAUCGGAAGCAUACCUUUACCAGAUGCACCAGUAAGAAAAAGAGAUGAUACCAGUGAUGUCGAAUCGGGUUUGGAGCAACCUCCUCCUUAUUCUUCUCCGCAGAUCAUGGCACAGUAUCUGUUCUCGGAGGAGAAGAUCAGGAAGAACUUUUUGAAAAAGGUUUACUGUAUAUUGUUGACUCAACUGCUGAUCACCUUUGGGUUUGUCUGUCUUGGAGUGUUUGAACAAAAUGUGAAGCUGUUCGUACAGAAAAAUGUCAUUGUUUUAAUAGUGGCAUUGGUUUUAUGCAUUUCAAUGGUGAUCAUCUUGGGUUGUGUAUCGGAACUGAGGAGAAAAUCACCUUGGAAUUAUAUUUGUUUGCUAACGGCAACUGCAUCGUAUAGUUAUCUUGUUAUGUGUAUUGCCAGCAUAUAUGAACCUCAUUAUGUAAUGAUGACAGUCGGUUUAACCAUUUUAAUAACAGUUAGCUUGACACUAUUCGCUUUUCAACCGUGGGUCGAUUUUACAAUUAUGACAGGAUUUUUAUUCAUUAUAACAUUGAUGUUUAUUACUUUUGGAAUUCUUACAUUGACACUACCUCACAAUAUCGAGACACUCCACACUGCCUAUCUAUGUCUCGGAGUCCUACUCUUUGCCUUUUACAUUGUCUACGAUACACAAUUAAUGAUUGGUGGAGAGCACAAGUACCAAAUCUCACCCGAGGAAUACAUUUUUGCAGCCCUGAAUCUCUAUCUGGACAUUGUCUACAUGUUUUUGUAUCUUUUGAGACUCGGGAGGAAAUGAUUUCUAUGUUUAUUGUAAGUGUAAUAAAAAUAUUUUUGUACUAAAAGUGCUUUUUGAAAGUAUUAAUAGACUAGACGAUUAAAGAUGUAAUGA